AUGGCAGUUCGAUCAAGAUGGAGGUUCCAAGCUCCAUCGCGCACGUACACAAGCUGUGAAGGGACGUGGUUGGACGAUGGAGUUAUUGUAUGGAGUAAGCUACCGGGUGUUUUUGAGCACGUUAAAUCUGCGUUUUUCAAAAGUAGGUGUUUCGAUAGCUCACCUGUGUAUUCGUCGUUUGUUGAAUUACAAGAUGGGUGUCCAUUUCUCCCGUUAAUCGAUUAUGACUGGCACAGGUAUAUUACGGAGGAUAGUUACAAGGGCCCGUUCAAGUAUAGCAUAUACGCUAUAGUUUAUUCUGUGACGGUGAAUUUUAUCAUCACGGUAUUUCUUACGGUGAUCGUGUUCAUCAAUAUUCCAACGAAGCCCAGUCGAAAGGCAUCUUAUAUUCUUAAGCUAGGGGCACUGCUAGCGUCCAUGAAUUUGUGGAUAUUUGUGGCGAGAGUUUCUAAGAAGACGGCUGAUACGUAUACACGGUAUGGGUAUGUUUCGUCUAACGCAUUUUUGAAUUUGCUAUGGGAUGACAAGGCGUUCGCUAUCAUCGAUUUGGUUGUGGUAUUUUUAUUGCAAAUCAGUCAGUUGCAGAUUGUGAUGAGAUUCUUCGAUAGAAUGUUGGAAAGGAGAUUGGUGUUUUACUUUGGGUUGUUUUUGAUCCUUCUCACACAAUUGCUUUGGGUGAUACCGACGUUCUCUCCAACAAACGAAAAUGGAAUGGAUUCUGACAUCGAUAUUCUUCCACCGUUUGUUUAUUUGUUCAGGAUUACUCUUGCUACGUGCUACGCAAGUGUGGUGUGUUUCCACAUAUCAGUUAAGAGGCACGUUUGUUUUCGUGGGAGAAUGAUAUUUUUGACCGUGUUGACCAUUGCAACAGUUCUUUUACAUCCAGCGUUCUUCAUCAUCGAUGUUUCUAACGUGUGGAUCGACGAUCUAAGCGAAAUAUUCAAUACAACGUGCUAUUUGGCAUCUACUGUGAUAGUUUUAGAAUGGACAAAUAGAACGCAUACAAUGGAAAGGAAAAUACAAGCGUCCAGUAUUCUCGGGCGACCUAUAUACGAGGACGAAGAGCAAAACUUCCACUUUGCAAUUUACGCCUUGAGAAUGCAAAACGCUAUGAACAGCUACAAGAUCCAUGGUAAUAAUGGUGAAAAUCAUAGUGUCAAUGAUGAGUAUGAAAGUAUCAAUAACUAUAAUAAUUCUAAUUAUGAUGACAAUGACCACUAUGAUGAUGAUGGUGGUGAUGAUGGUGAAAGUGGUAGUUACGGUGGAAAUAAUGGUGACAGUAUCAUGGGCAAUCGUGUGGAACACCAUGAUAAUAUUGAAAGGACAGCACACUUACAAGAUGCCAAGGGUAUGGAGACAGUGAUAAAUAAUAACGUAUUGUCAAACCUCAGCUCAUCCUCUCGGAGGUCUUCAGUUUCAGCUCCUACCAGGUAUGAUAUACCUAUAAUACAUUCGCAACAAGGAGAGGCUAAUAUAACUCAAUUUAAAAGACCAGAGACGUUUUGGAACAAAUGCCAUCAUGUCCUAGACUCCAUAAUCUACUACGCUGAUAAUAUUAUGGUCAAUGGUUUAGCAGGCCCUAAAACGUUUGACUCUAGUAACGACAGCUCUGAUAGAAUGUAUAAAGUAGAGAGGGUGAGGAAAACUAUCGGAUUGGAUGAACCAGAGAAUGUGUAUUUGUAUCGAAAAGUUAACGUAUCUUCAGGUUCGGAAAGUGUGGAUACAGAAUUACAAGCACAAGACUAUUCACAGGUCGGGCCCUCCAAUCCAAUGCCAUCAUCGAGUAGUUCAUAUCCUCAUAAUUAG